AUGAUUCCAUUUAGAAAGACCGAGACACCUUUCAAAUCUGAUCCUAUAUCACGAGUGAAUUCGUCAUCGAGAUUAAACCAGCUAGGUAAUAAUACAUCAAGUCCAUCAACGCCGAAUCCCGCAUCGUAUGUCACAUCUUCAUUAAAUCCACAAAAGAACUUACCAACCAAUGCAACCAACGUUAAACUGAAACUACAAACCCAAAAGGAUUUAGAUAUAUUUGAACAAUUACCUAUGGUGCAAAAAGUUAAGGAAUAUGAGACUUUACUCAAUGAAUUAUCUAACGAUAUUUCACAGUUCAAAGAUGAUCAACUUCAACUGAAAAUUGAACAAAUAAUUGCUUGUAAUGAUGUUUUAAAGCUACAAAUUGAAGAAUUGAACAGACAUAGAAAUUAUAGUCAUCAAGUUGAUAAAUUGACAGAAGAAAAUCAAGCAUUAGAAAAUAGUUCUAAAACGAUAUUAAAAGAAUUGGUAAGUUAUAGAAAUGAAUUGAAAAAAUUACCCAAGUUACCAAAACCAGAUAAACAAUUGAAUAAAUCCGUCGAAGUUGAUGAUAUUUUGAAAUAUGCAUUCAAAUUGGCAAAAUUUACUAAAGCGCCAGCUGCUAUGGCAAAUAUGCCUUUUCAAAUACAUCCAAAUAAUUAUAUAUGGCCAGCAGAAGAUUCUUUAAGACGUGGAAUGUUGGCACAAGCAUCAUUACAGUCUGAUGAAAUAAUUCGAAAUGAAUUAGGAGUUUCAGAAAAGGAAGAAAUUGAAAAACCUAAAGAAGAUUCAGAUGAAGAAAUGGAAGAUGUUGUACCAUCAGUAACAGAAAAUGCACCACCUGCACCGGAUAAUAGACAACAACACCGAGGCUCAUUUGGAUCAUAUGAUAACAAUAAGAAGCAAGAAGAGCCACCAGCUGCGCCAGCUGAUCUUAAUUUGGACUUGUUUGAUCCUGAUGAUGAAUAUUCGGAUUGA